AUACCAAUUAGUGGGGAAAAAAGAUCAGAAUUGCAGCCUAUUUUGGCCAGGUGGCCAUGUUGAUUAGAUAAUUGAUUACUGGUAGUUGCUUGUUUGUACCUCGUGCUCUGACGCAAACGCUGCCCCCCCCCCCCCCACGUUCUUCACUCAACUCCCAAAAUAUUGCUAUCCGUGGUUAGUAGCUAGCAAAAAGGCGGAGAAAGUGUGCGCGCCAAAGUGUUUUUGUUUACAAAUUCGCCAUGGCCCAAAUCAUUGAAGGUGACAGGCGCAGGUCGGGUCAGACUGGGAAAAGUCUAUGCCAAUGCCAGAGUCCCCAUGACAACGAUAAUGUGGUCAUGCACGACCCUGAAUGCAACGCCAUACUGGAACUAGAUUCUUCAGAAUCGUCUGAGGAAUCUUCAGAAGAAGAAAUUGUGAAGUGUUCUACAGAACCGGAGGUUGUAGGCCCAGCCAUGGAGCUGGAAAGGAGGUGUGAGGAGAUGAGGAGGCGAAAUGAGGCUUUGCUGAAAAGGUUCAAAGAAGUUGAGGAGGACAGGAGAAGGGCUGAGCGUAGGGGGGCAGCCCUGCUGCCCAAAAGCACCAAACUGGUCAAAACCAGUUAUUCAGCUCAUACCACUGAUGUGUCGGACCAGUGGGAGAGCCUCACCAUCACCGUAAUGAACCAGGUGCCAACCCAGGACACCCGUUUGGUGGCAAGGCGGUCUAAUGGAGGCAGAAGGCAGCCCAAAUCACGGAGGUUGGAGGACCGCCUGGAAAAGAGAUGUGGGGACGAGAAAAACAUUUUGGAGGAAAGGCAACUGAUAAUCUGCACUAUAGACAACGGUGAGGAUGCAGGAGACUACUGCACUGACCACAGUGGCAGCACAUCGGACGUAGAGAGGCGAGAGUACCUACGCUGGAAGAGACGCAACCGCUCGCUUGUGGAACUGCUCGACCAACACCAGGACAAUCUGGCAGUACACCUACAGAGCAGCAGGGAGCAGAUGGAACUGCUCGACCAGGACGACCUGGCAGUACACCUCCAGAGCAGCAGGGAGCAGAUGGAACUGCUCGACCAGGACGACCUGGCAGUACACCUCCAGAGCAGCAGGGAGCAGCGUAAGAAGGCCUGUUAGCUGGACGAUUACACAAUUCUCAUUUUCUUGUUCGGUCAACCACUGUUUGUAUUUGUGCAUGUUUACUGGUGUAUUGCACUUUAUUUCUUGAUAUUUUCACUGUGAAUGUUACAUUUUUAUGUACUUUAUAAAUGAGCAACCACAAGCUUUGUUCUUCUUUCCUCACACUUUCUCUGACAGAGUAGAGGGGAGAAUAAAGUUAACACUCAAUGUACUUGACUUCUCUAAAUUCUUAUUCUAGCAUGAUGCCCAGAGGAGAUGUACCACCAUGGUCCUUUUUUAAAAGUUGUCUUUACUCUGGGUUUUAUAUCCAAACCGUAACUUCGUUUGUACACUGAUAUGGUUCUGUUUAUGUGUAAUGAAGUGUUCCCUGAAUUCUCCUGUUCUAAAUUUUAUUUUUGUCUGCGUAGCUGAUGUGCAAUUUGAUACAGGGAGGAGACUUCCUGAAUGUGUUCCAAUAUAAAUGUUUUUUUUUGUUCUGUUUGCUUCCAUUUUGGUUCUUAAAUGGUUUACAAAAAGAAUACUCAGCUGGAGAACAACUACUGAAGUUACCAACUGUCAUGUUGGGUACAAUAUAUGCCAUUGACCCAUUUUUGAUUGAAACCUCUUAAGGUAAAAUUUAAUUGGUGUAGUGGAAGCAAUUUAGUGGUCCUCGUUACGACAGAGAGAGAGAGAGAGAGAGUGGCUGUUCCGAUGUCGUUUGACCAGAUCAACGGGGCCUGCGUCACUAGAUACGUUUGACACAAAUCCCAAGUCAUUGUAUCUAUAUUAGCAUUUUUCACACAUCCCCAGGGAAACGACCAAAGCAUGAAUUUCUGUUUUAUCUGACUGCUUACAGGGUAAGAAAACAAAGUUAUUUGGGAGAACUAUACCAUUAAUGGAUCUGGGUGGAUAGGUACUGUAGACAAUUGUCAGAUAUUGUAUUGACACGUUGAUUUGUAUAUGCCAUCUCUGGUUAAUGGUUCUCAAUUAAAAUGAUUUGAACACCAAACU